AUGCACGCUUUAUUUAAAGCGUGUGGAGUCGGAGCUGAGGAUGGGAUUCCGACCUUGAGAGAUCGGAUGGGGGCUGAGGAGGCGUCGGAGAUGGAAGAGGGAGUUGAUUGGUUAACGGAGAAGAUGCGAAGUAAUAACUUUACUGUGUCUUCCAUGCAUGGUGAUAUGCCUCAGAAGGAAAGGGAUGCAAUUAUGUUAGAGUUUAGGUCUGGUGCAACGCGUGUGUUAAUUACAACAGAUGUAUGGGCACGGGGCAUUGAUGUUCAGCAGGUUUCUCUUGUAAUAAAUUAUGACCUUCCAAACAAUCGUGAGCUGUAUAUACAUCGCAUUGGCCGUUCAGGGCGUUUUGGGCGCAAGGGUGUUGCCAUAAACUUUGUCCGUAAGGAUGACAUCAAGAUACUGAGGGAUAUUGAGCAGUAUUACAGUACUCAAAUCGAUGAAAUGCCUAUGAAUGUAGCUGAUCUUAAUUGA